AAUAAUUUUCAUCAAGCAAAGAAGCAGCAGCACUGUGUGUAGUACGUCACUUCCUUUUGUUAGUUGAAUUGCGCAGAGGGAAUAACAACACUCAAAAAAUCCAGAAUGUCUAAAAGGAAAGUCACAUUUCAGGAUGGGGAUGAGGAGUUCAGUUUGGAAGACGAGGCGCCGAAAAAGAAGAUGUACGAUGAGGUGAGUGGACCCGGCUCAAGGUUUAAGGAGAAACACUCUCUGGACAGCGAUGAGGAAGACGAGGAAGAGGACGGAGAGAAGGACAGCAAAUACAACAUCCUGGCCAGCGACGAUAUCGAAGGUCAGGAAAUGGCCACGAUCGACUGUGACGAAGGUGUUCCCAUCACUCCCUUCAACCUAAAAGAGGAAAUGGAGGAGGGUCACUUCGACUCCGAGGGGAAUUACUUCAUCAAAAAGGAGAAAGACAUCAGAGACAACUGGCUGGACAACAUCGACUGGGUAAAAAUUAAAGAGCAGCCGGUGAAAAAGAAAAAGAAGGGCCUCUCAGCUAAGCGUCAUCGCCGAGCCGGAGACGAGGAUGAAGCUGAGGAGGAGAGACAGCGGGAGGAGAAACAGGGCGAGAACGAGGAAGAUGAGGGGGAAGAGGAGGAGGCAGAGGCUCAGGAAGACCCGCUGGCGUCUCACACACCCUGUCAGCUGACCGAGGACGUAGUAAACCUGCUGCAACCCGGAGAGACCGUAUCGGCCGCGCUUCGCCGUCUCGGAGGACUCGGGGGACGGAAGAAAAAGGGGCGGGCGAAGGACGGGGCGGAGGAGGAGAAAGACAAGUCGUCGAUCAGAGACACGGAGAAGCUGGAGAGGCUCACGGCGCUCGCCGACAGACUGGUGGUACUCGGAGAGUACGAGAUUUAUCAGCAGACGUACGAGAAACUGGCGUACAGACUGAAAGGCAUGCAGCGGAGAGACGCGCCGGCCAAACGGGACCGGGAGGACGACGAGGAGGCGGACGAGCUCGACAUGUUCGCCGAUCAGUUUGACGAGCAGCACGGCAAGACGAAAGAGCAGGAGGAGAAGGACGAGGAAGCGGAUAAUGGAUUAGGGAGUGACGAAGUGAUGUGGGAAUACAAAUGGGAGAACAAGGACAACUCUGAACUCUACGGACCCUUUAGCAGCCAGCAGAUGCAGGACUGGGUGGAUCAGGGCUACUUUAAAGACGGCGUAUACUGCAGACGGGUCAACCAGGAGGGCGCGCCGUUCUACAACUCCAGAAGACUGGAUUUCGAUCUUUAUACGUGACUUUAAACGUGUCACGCGCUCCGUUAUUUCAUUUUCAUCACUUGCAGUGCAUUUUUAAUGUGAUUUUUUUUUUUUCCCCUUCAUUUUAUUUUUUACCCCUUAUAUUUGUGUGUAUAUUAAACAGCCAGAUUAAAUCUUUAUCAUAACAUUUGAUAUAAUGUACAUUUGUUUUAAAAUAAAUGUUUUGGAUGGCUGAACAGAUCAGUGAUGUCAUUAAUUAGUGUACAGUAUGGUGUGGUAUAAUGUCUGAUGUGCAUAAAUUUGAUCGUGCUUUGUCUUUCUGCUGUUAGCUCUAAUUGUGGGUUUAUUAAUGGCCAAAUUUUAAAUAUCCCUGACAUCCCUGCAUAGGAAUACUAUCUAGGGUGUGAAAUAAUGCUCAUAAAGAUGUUUGCAUAGUGCACUACUAAUAAUUAUACCUCACGAAGUAGGGAUGUAAAUUGAAUGGCAACUAAAUAACUUGCUUUCUUCUGAUUGGUCGCCUUGCAUAAAAUUAUUUGCAUAUUAAAAUAUGAUUGGCCCCUU